AUUGGAAAACGUGUUUAACUUGACUAUCCAUGGGACUACAUAUUAAUGUGCAACCAAAAAAACCACAUCCAUCUUCCAUACAAUAUUGAAACCAUAAUCAUGAGGGAAACAUUCCAUGCUAUGCUUGUUCUAGUGGCUGUAUUGUUCUUUGGAGCUGCAGAGUUUUGUUCUGGUCGGAACACGAGCUUAAGCUGUAUAGAGGGGGAGAGAGAAGCCCUCUUGAAGUUCAAACUUUGUUUCAAUGAUUUAUCUGAUAUGUUGUCUUCUUGGAAAGGCAAUGACUGUUGUGAAUGGAGAGGAGUAGGCUGCGAUAAAAAUAGCGGACAUGUUGUCUCACUUCAACUCAGGGGAUCCAGAUCUAAUCGAUCUCAAUUGCACUUGAUUGAUGAUGUAGAGGAGGUUGUUUCAGGUUUGCUCAAGCUGAGAUGCUUGGAAUACCUGGACUUGAGUGGAAAUAACCUCAACAGCAGCGUUAUUCCGCCCUUCUUUGGUUUGAUGAAGCAGCUAAUCUACCUAAAUCUCUCUUCUGUGAACUUCAAAGGAAGAAUUCCUAGUGAACUUGGAAAUCUUACGAGGCUUUGUGUACUUGAUCUUUCCGACAAAUUUUAUAGGAGAUUGAAGGUUGAUGAUGUUCAAUGGAUUUCUCAUCUCUCCUCGUUGCAACAACUUGAUAUGAGUGGAGUAAAUCUAAGCCAUGCCUCAUCAAACUUGUUCCAGAGUAAAUCUAAGCCAUGCCUCAUCAAACUUGUUCUAGCCUACAGGAAGCCUUAUCCAGACAUCAUUGAUCAUGAAAAUCCUUUUCCAAGGGGUUUUAAAGUGCCUGAGUUCACUUUAUUUUCUGGUGAGGUUGGUCAGUCCACUAUUGAACAUAUUGGACACUUCACAAUACAAUGUGGAGAGGCGUCUGGAGAUGAUAACUUGAAACUCAGACUGUUCCCUAGCUCUUUGACUGGAACAGCCCUUACUUGGUACCUCAGUCUACCUCAAAAUUCAGUCUACUCUUGGAGGCAAAUGGAGGACUUGUUUCAUACUCAAUUCUAUUGUUGUGAACCAGAAGUGUCUAUGGCAGACUUGUCGAGGUUAGCCAAAAAGCCUGGAGAGUUGUCUGAGGCAUUCCUUGCUAGGUUCCAGAGAGCCAGACUGAAAUGUAGAGUUGCACUACUAGAACAAGAAUUUGUCAAGCUGGCUCAGAAUGGUUUGGACAUUGAGCUCCGAAAGAAAUUUGAGGGGAUGGAAUUCCGAGACUUCUAUGAAUUGUCUUAUAAAGUGGCUCGGUAUGAAAAUCUACUGAAAGAAGAUGUUCAAAAGAAGGCUGCAUCACAUGGAACCUAUUAUAGUGAUCCUAAUUUUGAUCUUGAUGUGGCUGAGGUGGUUACAGACAAGCCUGUUGUUUGUCCAGACCUUGUCAGACCAACUCACCAGCCUGAGACGUCUGGGAGACGUUAUGUUGGUGAGGCUGGAAAACAGUAUACUUUUGAUGUGUCAAAAGCUAGUGAUAUAUUUGACUACCUUAAAAAGAGUGGUUUGAUUAAGCUGCCGCCGGGACAUAAAAUCCCGACAGCGGUUGAAAUCGGAGCUAGAGAUUAUUGCAAAUUUCAUAAUUCAUGGAAGCAUUCUACUGAUAAUUGUCUUAUUUUUCGUAAUAUCUUGCAAGAAAAGAUUGAUAAGAGUAUCUUAAAAUUUCCAGACAAAGCGAAGGAAACCAUGGGAGUGGAUGCAGAUCCUUUUCCAGCUGUGAACCUUGCUGCAGAAGACUUAAGGUGGGUUCUUGAGGCGCAGAGAUCCAGACAGAGCAGGAGCGUCAGGUCAGACCAGCAGAGGCUCGGGGGGCAAGAAAGGAUCACUAUGACCAGGAACUUCAGUCCAGAAGGUGCCAGACGUUAUUCAACUGGUACUAGAUCUCCAAGGAUGGUCAAACCGCCACUCAGGUUACCUUCCAGACGGUGGGAGAAAAUUAGUCAUCCCAAGUUUCCAGCCCAGAAUCCCAGAACCUUGAGGCGCAGACUGCAGCGCAAGAGGGCUGAAGAGCGAAAAAGACACCAGAAGCAGGUGGAGGCUGAGGGAAGUUCAUCUCGCAAACCACGCCAACCUACCAAAAGGAAUAUGGUCUGGGUGAGAAAAGAGAAAAAGGAGGCUGUAACCCAGACUCUACAGAAGGAGGAUGACCAAUCUUCAGCUUCUCCAAAGGUGGCGUCUGUCAUUGUGAGUUCAGACGGAGUUUUGAAAGCAACUUUUGAAGCACCAGAACAGUUUGGGAAUCAUGGAUCUGAAUCAAAAGACGAUGGCACUAUUCAUUUUGGGGAAUUCUCAGUGAAUUUGUCAUGUCUGGUGCUGACAUUACCCUUGGUUUUCCAAGCCAAGAAGGAGGAGGAACCAAUUGUCUGUGAGUUCCCAGAACAGACAGAAAAAGAGGUAAUUGUUGUUCCAGCUCAUGAUGAUGAAGAGGAGGACAUGGCUGACAAAAUUGUGUUUGAAAAACCAGAAGAAAAGAUGGCCAGACACAUUAGGCCACUUUAUAUCAAUGCUCACAUGGAUGGGACUCCAAUCAGCCGUGUCUUGGUAGAUAAUGGAGCUGCAGUCAAUGUCCUUCCAACUUGCAUGCUCUACAAAAUAGGCAAGUCUCUUGAUGAUUUAGUGCAUACUGAAGUUACAAUUAGUGAUUUUACAGGAGGGGUGAAUCAUUCAAGGGGUGUGCUGCCUGUUGAAUUAACAGUGGGAAAUUAGACACUGAUGUCUGCGUUUUUUGUGGUGGAUACUGUUGCUACUUAUAAUGCACUUUUGGGGCGUGAUUGGAUUCAUUCAAGUUGGUGUGUCCCUUCUUCACUUCACCAGAAACUGAUUUUCUGGAAUGGUGGCAAGGCUGAGGUCGUGUCUGCAGAUAAUAAGCCUUUUUCAGCCAA